GUUAAAGCAAUGGGACUUAACCAAUGGACCAGACUGCAGUGCUUCGGACACAGGCUGCAUCUUGCAAUUGAAAAUGCUGUCAAAGAUGAGCAAAGAAUCAAACGGGCCACAGGACUUUGCAAGCAGCUGGUUGCGGUCUUCACUCACAGCUGGAAGAAGAAGGCGGCACUAAAACAGGCACAGCAAGACUUGAACCUACCUCAACAGUCACUGGUCACUGAAUGUCCGACACGAUGGGGCUCCCGGCAGAAAAUGAUUGGGAGGGUGUUGGAGCAGAGCAAGGCACUGUGCCAGGUUCUGUCUGAAGACAGGAAGACGCGGCACCUGGUCCUCACUUGGCAAGACACAGAUGUCCUUGAAUCUGUAAACAAUGCCCUCGGUCCUCUUCAGGAGUUCACAGACGCCCUCUCAGGUGAGGACUACGUAAGCGUGUCAUACCUGAAGCCAGUGCUCCAUCUCCUCAGAACAGCAACGCUUGCUGAAACUGACCAGGACACGAAUCUCACCAAGGAGAUCAAAUCAAGAGCCCUCCACUACAUUGAAGAGAAAUACAGCGACCCAGUGACACAGGAGCUCUUGGACAUCACAUCCUUCCUUGAUCCAAGAUUCAAGAAGAGCUACAUAAGUGAAGAGAAUGUCCCAUACAUCAAAGACAGAGUGAAGAUGGAAAUGGAACAGGUGGCACAAAAGGAGCAGAGGGCUUGUGUCACAACCCAUCCCAUGCCCCUGAGUGCAGAAGAAGAACCACCAUCCACCUCUACAAAGCGAAAGCGGUCACUGGGCAGCUUUUUCAAGACCAAGGCGGUCCCUGCUUCCUCUACUGUGCAGUUGGAGGAUACCAUUAAAGCAGAACUGGACAACUACCUCAUAACUCCUACCAUUGAUGGAGAGCAAGAUCCACUGGCCUGGUGGAGAGUGCACAAUGUCAACUUCCCAUGGCUUAGCAAGUUGGCUCGUAAGUACCUUUGCAUACCAGCAAUGAGUGCACCAUCAGAGAGACUGUUCAGUGCCAGUGGCAAUAUUGUCACAUGUCAGCGUGCAAGUCUGAAGCCAGCAAAGGUUGACAUGUUGGUUUUCUUGGCCAAAAAUCUCUGAAGGGAUGAAGGGGAAGAUUUAUUGAUUUUUGUUGUUGUUCUUCUGCACCUUACCCUGACAUG